AACAUGGACCAGAGGCCCAGGAGUCCUGCACUGCGGCUGGGGAGAGCAGGACAUGGUGGCGUGAACCAGCUCGGAGGCGUGUUUGUGAACGGCAGGCCCCUCCCCGACGUGGUCCGGCAGCGGAUAGUCGAACUCGCGCACCAAGGGGUUCGGCCCUGCGAUAUCUCACGCCAGCUACGAGUCAGCCAUGGAUGCGUCAGCAAGAUACUGGGCAGGUACUAUGAAACGGGCAGUAUCCGCCCCGGGGUAAUCGGGGGAUCCAAACCAAAGGUUGCUACACCCAAAGUGGUCGACAAGAUUGCCGAUUAUAAACGCCAAAACCCCACCAUGUUUGCCUGGGAGAUCCGGGACAGGCUCCUGGCCGAGAGAGUCUGCGACAACGACAGCGUCCCCAGCGUCAGCUCCAUCAACAGGAUCAUUCGGACUAAGGUGCAGCAGCCGCCCGGUCAAACGGGCUCAGUGUCGGCUCACAACUUAGUGUGUGAUCUGUCUUCAGCAACGUCUGUGGCUGCCACACAAGUCUCAGCGGUGACCAGCGACUCGGCCGGCUCCUCGUACUCCAUCAGCGGCAUUCUGGGAAUCAGCUCAGCUGCCGACGUGGGCAAGAGGAAGAGGGACGAAGGCUUGCAGGAGUCGCCACUGGCCAAUGGGCAUGGCCACAGUGGUCGGGAUUUCCUGAGAAAGCAGAUGAGGGGGGAGCUGUUCUCGCCGCAGCAGAUCGAGGUACUGGACCGCCUCUUUGACAGACAGCCGUCCUGUCCAAUCCAAUCCAGCUCUGACCUCUAUGUGAGCGCUGACUCUGGCAAGACUUCGGAUUAUUCGGCCAUGGCCUCGCUAGCAGGCGGACUGGAUGAGAUGAAGAACAGUUUGGCCAAUCCGGGCACAGGGGCGGAGUUAGGAGCCAGCGUGUCCGGCCCACAGUCCUAUUCUCUCGUUCCAGGUCGAGAUCUAGCCAGCACCACUUUGCCAGGCUACCCUCCUCACGUCCCUCCUACUGGACAGGGCAGCUACUCCACCCCCUCGCUCACUGGCAUGGUACCAGGGGGAGAUUUCUCCGGAAGUCCGUAUUCCCAUCCGCAGUAUUCCACAUACAAUGAGUCGUGGAGAUUUCCGAACCCCAGCCUAUUAGUGUUUCAGCAGGAUUAUGGGUCUCUCCUGGGGACGGAAAUCGGCUGCUCCUCCAGUCUCUUCACCAGCCAGGCAGGACAGAUGCAAGGAUCACCGUACUACUACAGUGCGACGUCGCGGGGGGCGGGCCCUGCUGCCACCGCCACGGCCUCCGCCUACGACCGCCACUGACCCCCCACACAGGGAGGGGAGGAGGUACCACAAAUGACCACAGGGAAGAAUUUCCCAUCAAGGCCGAGUGUCGUGUUCAGCUCUCCUGACUCACCCAUGGCAGACGUCUCCACGCCGCUGACCAGCGGACAGACAGGCCUUUCAGUAAAGCACAGCUAAACAGAUCAUCCCUCUGCUGUAACGCAAACAUGUUGGCAUCAGACCAGAAAUCAAAAAACAGCAGGUUGUGUUACUGGACAGGAAGGUGCUAUCCUGCCCCCCCAGCCAAGAUGUAUUCCUGAUUAAGAGCUAUUUAUGAUGGAGGGAGACACAGAGUAAUAUAUAAAGAAGCUUUUCUGCGUUGCACUCCAUGAUGAGAGUGAAUGCCUGUAAUGAUUUAUAAUAGUGUCACGCUGUUGUGCUAGAAUAGUGAUGAUGAUGAUGAUGAUGAUGAUCCUGAUGCAGUGAAAUAUGAACUCUGAAAUACUUUCCAUAUAAGAAGAAGUCUUUGUUUAUAAAUGUGUUCAGAUUGCAAUUUUUCUGUUCAUAGUUUGUCAUGUGGCAUCAGCUGACACCGGUGCCACUGAACCAGACGUAAUUGUUAUUUUUUUUUUGCCUCCUGAAUAUUCAGAAGAAGAAUCUGGAAGCACUGGCACCCUCUCUUCCUCUCUCUCUUUGUCUUGCUCUUUCUAUUUCUCUCUUUAAAACUCCCCAAAGAUGGGCCCCCCCUUGUGGAUCGGCUGACUAACUACAAAAGCACAAAGAGACUCAAUCAUCACUCAAAGGCGCCAUUUUACUUCUUUGACUUCUUUUAUUUUUAUUUUUUCAAAUCGUGAAAUUCUGCUCUUUAUUUUUCUGCUCCCCUUUUUAACUGCGUGUCCUUGUGCUGAAAUGGUUUCUAUAAAAACAUUGAUUUUUGUGCAAAAAUCUAUGUGAAAGUUUUUCUUUUGUUGUUUUUUUAUUUUUAUUUUUAGUUUUAA